AUGGAGACUAGUUGGACAAGAGGACCAAUCAUCGGCCGAGGCUCCACGGCCACCGUCUCAAUAGCAAUAUCAAACUCCGGUGAGAUCUUCGCAGUCAAAUCGGCAGAUUUAUCUUCCUCAGCGUUCUUGCAGAAAGAGCAAUCGAUCUUGUCUACAUUGAGCUCUCCUCACAUAGUCAAGUACAUAGGCUCUGGUUUAACGCGGGAAAACGACGGAUUGGUUUACAAUAUUCUGAUGGAGUACGUUUCCGGCGGGAGUCUUCACGAUUUAAUCAAAAAAUCCGGCGGAAAAUUGCCGGAGCCGGCGAUCAGAUUAUACACGCGUCAGAUUCUCAAAGGUCUGAUGUUUCUUCACGAGAGAGGGAUUGUUCACUGCGACUUAAAGAGCCAAAAUGUGCUGGUUGAAGAAAACGGUGUCAUUUCGAAGAUCGCCGAUUUGGGUUGUGCUAAACCGGUUGCUAAAUUUGAAUUUUCCGGUACACCGGCGUUUAUGGCGCCAGAGGUUGCUCGUGGUGAAGAACAGAGGUUUCCAGCUGAUGUGUGGGCUUUAGGGUGUACGGUGAUUGAGAUGAUGACUGGAUCAAACCCUUGGCCGGAGCUAAACGACGUCGUCGCUGCAAUGUAUAAGAUUGGGUUCUCAGGUGAGUCGCCGGAGAUUCCCGGGUGGAUAUCGGAGAAAGCUAAGGACUUUGUAAUGAGUUGUUUGAAGAAAGAUCCGAAACAGAGAUGGUCGGUGGAGGAAUUGCUCAAACAUCCUUUCCUCGACCACGACGAAGACUCUCAAUCUAGCGAUUGUCUGGACAAGACUUCUUCUCCGAGCAAUGUACUGGAUCAACGAUUCUGGGAUUUAUGCGAAGCCUCCGAAAGUCACUCAGAACCUUUUGCUGAUUACUCGGAUUCUUGUGAUUCACCGGCUGAUCGGAUCGAGCAACUCGCCGAAGAUGAAUAUUCAAGCGUUCCCAAUUGGGGUACGGUAGAGGACGUUGAAUGGAUUCAAGUGAGAGGCGAAGAUCUUGGAGAAACCGAGAAACUCGUCGGCAACGGUGACGAAGACGUGAUUUGCGUUGAAGCAACGUCGUCGUUGCGAGCGAUUUUUGUAGUUGAAGAUUCGGAUCCAGACAGCUUGUUCUCGGAAUAUUCCUCUGACGACUUCAUUACUAGUUUCUACUCCAAUGUUACUAUUAAUGGAAAUUUAACUGCAUUUCGCUAUUAUAGUGUUGAAUCUAGCAGUCGAAUCAGUGAAUUGCUAUCAAUGGAGGCCACGGCGGCGCAAUUUUCGUCCAUUGUCCCUUCCAGGCAGAACCUCUCUUCUUCUUCUUCGAUUCGCGUUGCUUCCCCGAGCUCCCUGUUCCUCUCCCGGAAGAAUCUCCGCAAUGCUAAUCUCAAAUUCAAAUCCACGAGAAACCUCUCCGUUCGCGCAUCUUCUACCUCCGAUUCUGUUGUGACUCUGCUUGACUACGGAGCUGGCAACGUCAGGAGCAUCCGCAACGCUCUCCGUCAUCUCGGCUUCAGCAUCAAAGACGUUCAAACGCCGGGAGACAUCCUGAGUGCUGAUCGUCUUAUCUUUCCCGGCGUCGGAGCUUUUGCACCCGCCAUGGAUGUACUUAACAAAACCGGGAUGGCAGAAGCUUUGUGCAAGUAUAUUGAGAACGACCGUCCCUUUCUAGGCAUAUGUCUUGGGCUACAACUUCUUUUCGAUUCCAGUGAGGAGAAUGGACCAGUCAAAGGUCUUGGUGUGAUACCGGGGGUAGUUGGACGGUUUGAUUCUUCAGCUGGUAUUCGAGUACCGCACAUUGGGUGGAACGCUUUGCAAGUUGGCAAGGAUUCUGAAAUUUUGGAUGAUGUUGGAAAUCGUCAUGUGUAUUUUGUUCAUUCUUACCGGGCCAUUCCGUCAAAUGAAAACAAGGAAUGGAUUUCGUCUACCUGCAACUAUGGUGAAUCCUUUAUAUCUUCCAUAAGAAGGGGAAAUGUGCAUGCAGUCCAAUUCCAUCCUGAGAAGAGCGGGGAGGUGGGGCUUUCUGUCUUGAGAAGGUUCUUGGAUCCAAAUUUACCCUCGACACAGAAGCCAAUGGAAGGGACGGCUUCAAAACUUGCAAAGAGGGUUAUCGCUUGUCUCGAUGUUAGGAGUAAUGAUAAAGGUGAUCUUGUAGUAACUAAAGGGGACCAGUAUGAUGUGAGAGAGCAAUCUGAUGAAAACGAGGUUCGAAAUCUUGGCAAACCUGUGGAUUUGGCUAGGCAGUAUUACAAAGAUGGUGCUGAUGAGAUUAGCUUUUUAAACAUAACUGGAUUCCGUGAUUUUCCUCUAGGAGAUUUGCCGAUGAUACAGGUGUUGAGGUACACAUCAGAGAAUGUCUUUGUACCACUAACUGUUGGAGGUGGUAUUAGAGAUUUUACUGAUGCUAGCGGCAGGUACUAUUCUAGCUUGGAAGUGGCUGCUGAGUAUUUCAGAUCCGGUGCUGAUAAGAUCUCCAUAGGAAGUGACGCUGUUUAUGCUGCAGAAGAGUUUGUGAAGUCAGGGGUGAAGACCGGAAAAAGUAGUUUAGAACAGAUAUCCAGAGUUUAUGGAAAUCAGGCAGUUGUUGUAAGUAUUGAUCCUCGUAGAGUUUAUGUGAACCAUCCUGAUGAUGUGCCAUACAAGGUCAUCAGAGUAACUAACCCAGGUCCAAAUGGGGAAGAAUAUGCGUGGUAUCAGUGCACGGUCAGUGGAGGACGAGAAGGUCGGCCUAUUGGAGCAUAUGAGCUUGCGAAAGCGGUUGAAGAAUUAGGUGCUGGUGAAAUACUAUUGAACUGCAUAGACUGUGAUGGUCAAGGGAAAGGAUUUGACAUAGACUUGGUAAAGCUCAUCUCUGAUUCAGUAGGCAUACCGGUGAUUGCAAGUAGUGGAGCAGGCGUCCCCGAACACUUCACCGAGGUGUUUGAGAAGACAAACGCAUCUGCCGCGCUUGCUGCCGGCAUUUUCCACCGGAAAGAGGUACCAAUCCCAUCUGUGAAAGAGCACUUGCUAGAGAAGGGCAUUGAAGUCAGGAUCUGA